GCUGCUUUGCGCGCUGCGGGGCCACACUGCGACCACACCGAGGAGGAAGAAAAGAAAGCCGGGGACCGACGGGGGGCCAGCCGAGCCAGAGCGGCGGACAUUUAAAAAAAAAUCCGAAGAAGAAGAAGGACGCGGUAGGAAGAAGGAGGAGCGGACAGCGAGCCCGAGGAGCAGAAGCAGAAGGCGGAGACGCGUUCCUCCCUCCAUCUCUGCCUCCGUGAAGAAGAGCCGAGAGGAGCAGCAGCAGGAGGACCGCGGGGACCUCGGAGCGGAGAAAACGACGAACGACGCGGAGCCGGAAGCCUCCCCCCCAACCCCCUGGACCAGGGACAAUUCUCCGUUUGUAGCAGCGGCGCGGCGACACGAUGAAGGACCGCACGGCGGAACUGCGAAGCGCUAAGGACAGCGACGACGAUGAGGAGGUGGUGCAGGUGGACAGGGACCACUUCAUGGACGAGUUCUUCGAACAGGUGGAGGAGAUCAGAGGCUGUAUAGAAAAGCUGUCGGAGGACGUGGAGCAGGUCAAGAAGCAGCACAGCGCCAUCCUGGCCGCACCCAACCCUGACGAAAAGACCAAGCAGGAGUUGGAGGACCUCACAGCUGACAUCAAGAAGACAGCCAAUAAAGUUCGCUCAAAAUUAAAAGCAAUCGAGCAGAGCAUCGAGCAGGAGGAGGGGCUCAACAGAUCAUCAGCGGACCUCAGGAUCCGUAAGACGCAGCACUCGACACUGUCACGCAAGUUCGUGGAGGUGAUGACUGAGUACAACACCACGCAGUCCAAGUACCGCGACCGCUGCAAGGACCGCAUCCAGAGACAGCUGGAGAUCACUGGAAGAACCACUACCAACGAGGAGCUCGAGGACAUGUUGGAGAGUGGCAAGCUGGCCAUCUUCACUGAUGAUAUCAAAAUGGACUCUCAGAUGACGAAGCAGGCCCUGAACGAGAUCGAGACCCGGCACACUGAGAUCAUCAAGCUGGAAAACAGCAUCCGCGAGCUGCACGACAUGUUCGUCGACAUGGCCAUGCUGGUCGAGAGCCAGGGCGAGAUGAUUGACAGAAUCGAGUACAACGUGGAGCACUCCGUCGACUACGUGGAGCGAGCUGUCUCCGACACCAAGAAAGCCGUCAAAUACCAGAGCCAGGCUCGCAAGAAGAAGAUCAUGAUCAUCAUCUGCUGUGUCAUCCUCGGCGUCGUCCUGGCGUCGUCCAUCGGUGGCACGCUGGGCAUGUAACGCGCUUCGCCACCUGCUGCCAUGACGACCGAACACCGACUGACCGACCGUCCAACCGACAGCCAGCAGAGAAAAGAAACACCAACGACGACACAAAAACUUGAAACACAAAUGCAAGACAGAUAACCAAUCAGCUAGGAAGAGAUAACAACCCAAUCACAGAUAAGAGGAAACAUCACGGGUUCGGGUGGGGUUCAAAAAACAAGAAAAAAUCAUGAGAAAACGCCAUGACAUCAUAGCUGACUGACUACACUACAUAUACAAAAGAGGGUACAGAUAAACCUAUUUAUUACAGAUGUACAUGUAAAUGUAUUAAACAUGAAGCAACACGUGGGUUAGCUACCUGUAAAAACUGAUGACCUAUAAUAUGACAUUUACUUGUUUGUUUGCUUGUUUUGCCUCUUUUCUUAUUUUUUAAAAGUUUCUUUCGUUUUUUCCGGAGUCUCCGAGGACAGUGACGGCAACGGCUGCCGGGUGGGAGUUCUGCCCGUCAAGGCUCCGGAGCUCAGCGCCUUUGGGAACGAGCUCAUAUAACAAAAUAAAAGGCAAAAAAAAGAGAGAGAACAUGUUUCUAUCACAUUCUGGAACUCUGGAGCGUUCCUGAGCUGCGCCCUGGAAUACUUUCUGUUCCAGAGCGCAGACGGGAACAAGCAGCCGAAGGUUCCGGAAUGUCAGCCUGCAGAACGAGCACCCUCCGGCAUUGGCAGAACACGCUCUGCCCCCUUGUUGCUAGGAGGAGCUUCACCGCUGCCUCUUUAGACCACCUCUCAUUGGUUGCUCACUCCUGGUGUUCACCUCAGUCAGCCAAUGAAAUUAGCUUAACCUGGCGAAGCCUGGCCUGCCACCCGUUAUUUAGAAUGCAUCAAGGACUUUGACCGUGACACGCUUCCCUCUGAGUUUGGGGGAGGGAGGCGUGUCCGCAGCAAGAACCUCCCUUUUUUGUCACACCUAUCCAACCAAAGAGCCGGGGGAGGGCCUCUGGUUGUCAGGCUGAAUUUGAUUGGCCGGCGGCAGAAAAGAACGUGAUGUUUGACUGACAGGUGAACGAUGGGGAGGAAGGGGGCAGGAGGGUUCGGACGAGCGAGAGUCAAUCUAUGCAGUUUAGAAAACCAUGCCUCCCCAUCACUGGGACAGCCAAUGAGGAUUGGGCAUUUCGGUGAUCUGAUCAGAUCCGCGGUCGUCAUCUCGAAGCUGUCACAGCUGUUCCGGAAGAUCCUAAAAAAUGAAGAGAAUGCAUUAAAAAGUAAAGAAGAAAAACAAAUGUAACUACAACACUAAGAAGCGCUGGUUGCCCUGGUUACCUGAGUGUCGCGGUGAUAUCGUUGCUUUCCCGUUUCUCGAUGGGGAACGUUUGUUGCUGUGUUGUUUCCGUGGUGCUGCUGUUUUGGUGCGUGUGACGCGUCCCGUGACGUAUCGGCCUGACACGAUUUAGCUGUUAAUGUUUAGUCUGUACGUUUUAAAGCAUUCGCCCAGAUCCUACCUGCAGCCCCAAGUGUGUGAGUGUGUGUGCGAUUCAUCCAUGCUGUGUGAAUGCAUGAGUUGCACAGGUGCUACUGACCAGCAGACGGUGUUCCUAUUGGUGGAUUUUCUCUGUGGAAGGUGGAACAUGUGACACACAUACAUUCAUAUAAAUUCCCAACAUAUGCUGCUUUCGAUUGCAAUUGGGAACUUGGAAUUUCCAGUCUCAUUAACCUGGGAAGUUUCUGAUUAAUAUCACGUUGUUUAUGAGUUCAAAUCAGUUCUGAACGCCUUUGUCUGCUUUUAUGUUCUCUGUGGAAAAGCAGCAAAGCAAACCUGCGGGAACGUUGACGGCUCGGAUGUCAUUCCAAGUGCUGAUUUCCAAAUUCCAUGGUAUAUUAAAUGCAGCAGUAGCUUAUGCAUGAACUCCAUGUUUAACUUUUCAUGCAGACACACUGGACACUCGCCCCUUAACUCGCAAAUUCCAAGUGUUACAUAUCGAACCAGUGACUGCAUCGCUUAUAGCAUGCUUUAGCGUUAGCUCGUGUUUCGUGUAGAUGAUGUAGAAGCUGCUCGUUACAGAUCGGUAAUCAGUUUUCUUCCUUUUUUAAACAUUAAAGACGUUUCUGUCCAGAUUGGCACGGGACAAAGGUGGCUGAAGAUGUGGAGUAGAAUUUGUUGCAUUAGCGGUUAGCUGAACGUCUGCAGGACUGUCACUCCUUACAGAGAUUGCUGAUUAAAACAGAAACGUGACACAGCAAACAGCCUAUCUCAGGACCGCGUGCUGUGUUGUGAUCGCGCCACCGCCUGCGCUAACAUGUAGGACCGCGGCGUUGAAGAGGAAGGGUCGUCUACGCUCAGGCUCUGUGAUACGGAGGUUCAUCUGCUUCUGUUGAGGCCUCGGUGGACAACCAAAUACCACCUUAAAACCUCACGGUCCCCUCCCGCUCAGCGCUCAUGAUUAGUUUUGUUUGACGGCGUCUUCUCUGGUUUCACCUGUUCUGCUCUGGAUCUUUUAGCUGGACCCUGAUCGGGCUUCAUAUGUCCCUGACUUAUAGUUUUUGUUUCAUGUUUCCUGAGAAAUGUAUUAUUUGAAGCUUUUCAGAGACAGGGCUUUAAAAAACAGAACACGCCGCCUUUCAUAACGAGUCAAAGCUGUUUUUGGCUUCCUCGCUCUGUAGAGACCUGCCGACAGGAAGCUGACGUUAGCUUCCGUUUGACAGUCGUGCGUCAUCCUCGGCCAGCUCGAGCGUUGGAAAGCAGAUGGUGUUUUGUGGAAAACGUGUUUUCUUACCCAUCACAGUAGUUAACAUUAGCUUUAGAUGUCUGUGGUGCUGUGUAGACGAUUGUUAGGUUUUGUUUCAUUCUUGGCUUCCCAAAAUGUAACGCGUGUUCACCAAAGCUUUGCAGAUACCGUCCCCACCCCUGCCCUGACUCCUCCAAAGAGCCCAGCAGAUGUGUGGUCAUGUGACAUGUCCGUAGAUUUAGGUCGAUCUCACACUUUUCUCUCUGCCCCUGUUGGAUCCAUUCUGGUUUUAGGUGUUUUCACAUGUAGAGCUGUCAAUUCAAUAUGAACCGCUGUGAACCUAAUCCCACGUCCCCAUUGGCUGCUUCGUUCAUCGUUCUUUGUUCAUUCAAGCGGUCGACGGUUGUCCAGGUGGCGUCGCAGUCGUCACGGCAGUCUCGGGUUGGUGAUUGUGGUGGAUGCGAGGAUGCCGUCAUAGCACCAGCCAGCUUGUUGACACUGAUUUUGCCAUGUGUGAGUGUGUGAGUGUGAGUUUUCUGUAAAGUUCCCGCUGUGUGGCGGUCACUCAUUGGGUCCCGCCGCCAUCCUCUUGAAAACAUGGACAAAACCUUACGAAACCCACGCAGGCAUCAACAGUUGGAGAUUCAGCUCAGUGAAGGUUCAAAUGUUCGUUGGCGCGUCGGCGCGUCUGCCUGCCCCGUCCUCUCGUCUCUUCUUGUUGUGCUGUAGAUGUUUGGUUGUACAAAAAGAUGGCGCAGAGGGUCGGAGUCUGCCCCCUCCCUUCGCCCUGCAGACCCCGCCCAUCCCACUGUGUGUACUACUUAUAAUAAUGGUAAUAAAAAAGGCAUGCAAAAGCGUUGUGGAGUUUGCAUGAUGGUGUUUUUUGUACCCCACAUCCCCGCCUCGCCCUUCACGUCGUGCACUUUACCGCCAAUCAGACCCUGUUUGGUUUCUACGGAAACACUUCACAGUGACUUUCGUUUGUGACGCGUCAUUUUUACGAUGUUUUCUUCAGAGAACGGUGUGAUGUUUAAAUAAAUGUGAAAGGUUAAAUUCCCAUCCCGCGAACUCCAGCCCUCCCACCGGGUUCGGACGCCUCCGUCACCACCCGAUGUCUGUGUGUUCGCUUCCACUGUUGCAUUUGUGUGUGUGCGUGUGCGUGUUGAAGCAGCACGAGUGUGUUUCAGUGUGCGAAGCGUCCAAUCGCAGGUGGGCGGGUUGCAGCAGGUUUCAAAAUUCCACCUUUUUUUUUUUUUUAGAUUGCGAUAGAAGCAAGGAGAGAAGCUUGCAGACGCCAUGGUCACUGUUACCGCCGUGGCGUUGAUUCGAUUCAGACCAAAGCGUUUCCGCCCUCCCCUCCAAAUGUUCGCCGCUAAUCUCAAAGAGCACAACGCGAGUCGAGUUUACAAAUAGAGAAUAAAUAUACAAAUAGAAAAGAUUAAAUGCCAGCCUCGCCCCUGCCCCGCCCACCGCCAUCAAUCAGACUAACCCGCCUCUCUCCAUCCACCUUCAGAGUCCUAAUUGAAAAUAUGACACAUCCAUGAAGUGAGUCCCAGUUUGUUUGCGUCGUCAUUUUCCACACAGUCUUCACACUGCAGGAUCAACGCUCCGCUGCAGGGUUACAGGCCACGCCCCCCACAUACCUCCGAACAGCCGGAGAGAGAAAGUUAAACAUCAGCAAAUUUGGUAAAGGUCAAAGGUUGAUCUCAGAUUCUCUGGAGAGCGCCCCUAUCAUCCUCCAGCGAGCAUUCUUCUUGUGCGAGAGGCCGACUGCAGUCGUGUGACAUCACAUGUGUACGCAACAAAAAUACAAACAGAUAAAUAUGAGUCACAUCCGGAUUUUUGCCGCUGUUCAGCCUUUCUGUUGUUUCCGUUUCUGACAGAGCAGGCGUACAACGCUGGAAAAAAUCACGUGAAGAGCGUUUGAGCGCGACACGCGAGAUGCCAAAGACUGACUCGCCGUUAGCUGUUAGCCGUUAGCCGUUAGCCCAUGUGGGAGUAACGUGGCAUGGGCCGACCUGGACUCUGGGGUCGCGUUCCAGCGCUCUGCAGUUAUUACUGCACGCUGACUCAUGAGCACAGCGGCGUCUGUCUUCCAGAUUUCAGCAGACGCCGAGCUCGGCGCUUUGUCGCUCCUCCACUGUGGCGCAGUUAAACCACCUCCACGCUGAUUUUUGUCUUCCUGAAACUAUUUUCAAAAACCAAAACAUGCUCGGCGCCCCGCUCUGAGUGAUGACAUCACAAACAUGUUCAGUGUUCUUUAUUGUGUUCUUUAUUUGACGCUCACGCUCGUCCCAUUGCUCUCCGACAGUAUUCACUUUAAACAGUGUUUAUGUUCUCUAGUGGGAGGGGUGGGAGGAGUUAGGGGAGGGGCCAUACAGACAGACCACGCCCAUAACCACCCCUGCCAUAACAAGUAGGAAAAACCCUGAAAUAACAUCGUUAUCCUCAUUAUUACUGUUGUUAUUACUAUGAUUAUUACCAAACAGACAAAUAAAGAUGCAGUAAACAUUUGCAAAAACCCGGAGGGAGACCGAACGGCUUCACACAAUGUGAUCGAAUCAACUUUAAAAAUGGAGGUGAUGACGAUUCUAUAAUAGCAAUGAUUUAAAAAAAGUACAAAGGAGUUAUGUUAUCAUAAUAAUAGUAGUCAUAUUGAAUAUUGAAUGCUCGCAAUUUUGUCAAACUGAAACUGGAUUCUUUGUGUUAUGUAAUUAUUGUAAAUAACUUCAAAGAGAAAAAAUGACUUGCAUGUCUAUGUAUAAAUCUACUGAGAUAUCUAUUCCCGUCAAAGUCUGCAUGUAGGCCGGCCUCUGUCCUCUUUCGCCUCUUUUGCCCGCCCUCGCUGUGGCGCCCCCUCUGUUCGUACCGUGCAGCUGAGUGGCGACAGCAGAGACUAGGAGAAACUUGGCUUCCUAUUGUCGCGUCUGCACAUGCUCAGUUCAGAAGCUGUGUCUGCGCCCGCCUGUGGACAGAGAAGGCACGGCGGUGUUUUUAGUAGCAGGACGCCCACUGAGCAGCACCGCCGUCCCUUUGAGUGCCCGUGUCUCUUCGUUUCUUUCUGAAGGAGCGAAUGAAAACACCACACAGGUGUUUGCGGCACAAAUGCAGCCACGCCUCCAUCUGUUACCCCAGGUCCAGAGGCU